CUGCGAAGUUAGCUUUUCAUGUGAGCAGUUUUGCAUCGCAAGAAUACUGACCAAUCGCAAGCCGUUAUUUUGAUGUUACUUGACAAGUUGGGACAUCUGGACACAUUUCCUUCAAGCUACGAGAGUUCUUGGGAAAGAGGAAGUUCCUGUUUCUCAGAAAGGGAAAAUACUCUGAGUUCUUGCAUUGCUAUCAUCGAUUCGUUUUCUAGGUUACCUGUAGAUAGAGGUAAAGCAGAGAGAUAGAAGAGGGCGUUAAAAAUGGCUGAAGACACCCCGGCAACGCUUCGGCAGUCAAUAACUCCAAUGGCUGGCGAAAUUAGAUUAAAUGUUGGAGGAACACGGUUUACAACAAGCUAUGCAACUCUUAUGAACGCACCCACCGAUAGCCCUCUGCGCCUUUUGGGGUAUGCCGUAGGUUAUGGUAUAGAUUACCAUAUCUAUUUCAUUGAUCGGAGCCCAGAGAACUUCGGGUACGUCUUAGAGUUUUUAAGGGACAACCGCAUUUCGCCGCCCAGUGGAGCAAGCGAUGACUUCUGGCAGGCCAUAAAACAGGAGGCGAAUUACUAUAAAAUUCUGAAGUUGGAAAGUUACGUGAAUCACAGGAAUGAACCUGAGACCUUAGAAAUUAAAAGUCUGAGCACAGGAGAGGUAAAGCUAAUGUUUAAUGAUGGUGGAAGUAUUAUGACCAGUGUUGAUGUUAUGAAAAGAGCUGAUGAGGAUUCAUUGCUGCGCGAUGUAUAUCGAUGGAUAGUUAGAGAACGCAGCGAAACGAUGCAUGGGGAAUAUUAUAUCGACAGGCGUUCUGGAGGUAUUCAACAUAUCAUCGACUUCCUUCGAUAUGGAAAUUUACCAACCAACAUCAAUGAAAAUGCUGAGCUAUGCAACAUGAUAGAAGAAGAUGCCAUAUUUUACGGGCUCAAAACAAUGCUGAAAAAAAUUGAUGAUGCAGCCAAGAAGCAGGGGAAUGGCCCUCAGGCCUUGCAACCUACAUGUCUCCGCAGUGGAGAGGUGAAGCUAAUGCUUAAUGAUGGUGUAAGUAUCACGACGAGUGUUGAUGUGUUGAGAAAAGCUGAUAUUAAUUCACUGCUGCACAAUGUAUAUUUAUGGAUAGUUAGAGAACACUACAACACAAUGUCUGGGGAAUAUUAUAUCGACAGGCGUUCUGGAGGUAUUCAACAUAUCAUCGACUUUCUUCGAGAUGGGAAUUUACCAAGCAACAUUUCUGAAAACGCUGAGCUAUGCAACAUGAUGAAAGGAGAUGCCACAUUUUACGAGCUCAAAACAAUGCUGAAAAAAAUUGAAGACACAGUCAACAAGUGAGCUGUGCCACUAUGACUCUUAAAUUCGAGACAUACACAACUGCUGAAAAAUAUUCAAUUUUGUAGUGUUGCAUUAAAAAUAUUGAAGUUA